AUGGCACAAUCAUUCACACGCGCAGAGCGCUCUGGUAAUAUAUUUUAUCGAGUCACAGGACUAAUCCGAUCCGGUCAAAUGAAAUGGUCGGAGCGGCCAUUGUGGUACGAUGUAUAUGUCGCACAUCAGCCACUAGAACCUCACGACUGGAAUGUGAAGCACUCAAAGUACGAUGAACCAGUUCGAAAAAUCUUCUAUGAAGAGGAUCUUGUUCGAGCCGCUUUCUACAAAAAAUAUCGAGGUGGUGUUAUGAACCUGGAGAGUCCACGUGAAAGCCUUGCUCAACAGUUCAUCAAAGAAUACGAGACAGUGAAAAAUGAGCUAGCAGGUAAAGAACAAGUUUCUGACGAAGAGCUCUUUCGACGGACAGAAGAUCGGUUAAAGGAAGUCCGCUCGACCUUUAUCGAGUUUUUCAAACAGAAGAAGGCGCACACUUAUGUGCACUCAUCGUCUGUUAUUCCACAUGAUGAUCCUACUCUUCUGUUCGCCAACGCAGGAAUGAAUCAGUUCAAACCACUUUUCCUUGGCAUCGCUGAUCCCAACAGUGAUCUGGCUAAAUUAAAACGUGCUGUGAACACGCAGAAGUGUAUCCGUGCUGGAGGAAAACAUAACGAUCUGGAUGAUGUAGGGAAGGAUGUCUACCAUCACACAUUCUUUGAGAUGCUUGGAAACUGGUCUUUCGGAGACUAUUUCAAGAAAGAGAUCAUCACCUGGGCUUGGGAGCUUCUGACGGAAGUCUACGGAAUCCCAGCUGAAAGGUUGUACGUCUCUUAUUUUGGCGGAGACGAGAAGACUGGCAUACCGGCAGAUGAGGAGGCCAGGAAUAUAUGGCUCAGUCUCGGAUUACCGGACAAUCGUGUCUUACCGUUCGGAAUGAAGGACAAUUUCUGGGAAAUGGGCGACGUAGGACCGUGUGGUCCUUGCUCGGAGAUUCAUUUUGACCGAAUCGGAGGUCGCGAUGCUUCACACUUGGUCAAUGCUGAUGACCCGAUGGUAGUUGAGAUCUGGAAUCUGGUAUUCAUUCAGUUCAAUAGGUGCUUUUCUUUACUCGUUAUGUCUUUAUUUCGCUUUUCUACUUUACAAGUUUCUGAUUUUUACGUCAGUUUUGGGGAAAAUUUGUUCUUAAGAGAAGAGGGUGGUGAUCUGCGUCCUCUUCCUGCCAAGCAUAUCGAUUGUGGUCUUGGAUUAGAACGAUUGAUUGCUGUUAUUCAAGAGAAGACGUCCAAUUAUGACACGGAUAUGUUCCAGCCUAUCUUUAAAGCCAUCCAAGAGGGAACAGGAACCCGACCUUAUACGGGCAAAGUUGGAGCUGAUGAUGUUGACGGAAUUGAUAUGGCCUAUCGUGUUGUGGCCGAUCACAUUCGAACACUGACAAUAGCCCUGUCAGACGGCGGUCGUCCUGACAAUACUGGAAGAGGUUAUGUAUUGCGCCGCGUUCUUCGACGAGGUGUUCGAUAUGCUACUGAGAAACUCAAUGCUCAGCCUGAGUUCUUCGCUUCCCUAGUUCCAGUUGUUAUAGAGAUUUUAGGUGAGACUUUCCCCGAGCUUCGCCGUGAUCCUGAAACGGUACGAGAUAUCAUCAACGAUGAGGAGAGACAGUUCUUGAAAACGUUGUUGCGUGGUCGUAGGCUGUUCCAACGUGCUGUCGCAGGUCUAGGAACUGAUGAGAAAACCUUCCCUGGUGACGUAGCCUGGCGUUUAUACGACACGUACGGUUUCCCUGCUGAUUUGACCCAACUUAUGGCAGAGGAGAAAGGGCUAAGUGUAGACCAGAAAGCUUUUGAGGAGUGCAGGAAGAAAGCAGUGGAACUUUCGGCCGCCGGAACUGGGAAAUUCCGUGACACACUCGAUCUCGACGUCCUGCUUACUGAACUGCAGACCCGCGAGCCCCCAACAACCGACUAUUCGUCCCAAGAACGUCGUGCGCUCAUUAUGAAAAACCACACAGCUACCCAUGUGCUGAAUCACGCUCUUCGGUGUGUGCUGACCGAUUCCGAUCAGAAAGGGUCACUGGUAGCACCAGAUCGGCUUCGAUUUGAUUUCACCAACAAACAGGCGAUGACAAUCAAGCAGGUAAAAGAAGCCGAAGAGAUUGUGCAGUCGAUCGUAAACACACGUGAACCCGUCUAUGCCAAAGAGGCCCCGCUACCACAAGCUCGUGAAAUUGCCGGACUGAGAGCCAUGUUUGAUGAGAAUUACCCGGAUCCGGUAAGAGUGGUGUGCGUCGGUGUACCCGUAGAAGAACUUCUAGCUAAUCCGAAGAGCGGUGCCGGUUUGAAGACUACUGUGGAAUUCUGUGGUGGAACACAUCUUCACAAUGUCGGACAUAUUGGUCAUAUGGUAAUUUCAUCCGAAGAAGCAAUUGCUAAGGGAAUCCGUCGUAUAGUAGCAUUAUCGGGACCGGAAGCCGAGAGAGCAAUACAUCGAGCAGAAAGACUGGCUGCAAGAGCUCAGGCCAUAUCGGAUGAAAUUAAAGCAAAUGUGAACAUAGCGAUGGAUUCCGAAAAGUUUAAAGCAACGUCGAAGCGAAUCCAGGAGCUGAUUGAUGAAGUCAACGGAGCACAGUUACCGUAUUGGCGCAAGGAUGAGAUCCGGGAACAAGGAAAGGCCGCACAAAGAACACUAGAUGGAUAUAAGAAACAGGCAGACGCGGCCAUUGCUGAAAAAGUACGU